GGCUUUGCGGCAGCGGAGACAAAGGCGGCCCCGCGGGAGCGCCGGGGGGGCGGUCGCGGCCAGACAGCUCAGAGGUAUAAGUCUCCCCCCGCUGUGCCCUCUCCCCUCCCCUCAGCUUUUUUUUCACAUUCCCCACCUUUGGCAGGUUAGCCUCAGACAGGAAGAGCUUGUAAAACCAGUUGUGGAGUGCAAGGCCUUGGAGUCUGCCACGCCCCUGUCUCAACAGAUUUCAGACCUGGGUGUGAUGGGGAAAUGAAGGUCUGGAACUCGGAAGCAUCUGCUGGGUCAGCCAUGUCUGCGGGUGAAGCCAAGGAUGCCGUGAUGGAUUCUCACAGCGCCCAGUUGCUCCAUCUGGAGCAGAGGAUGGUGGCAGCCGAACAGAAGUGGAUGGGCUGUGAGAAAGCCAUGAUGGAAAUGGGGAGCCAGCUGGAGAGCAAGCUGGCUGUGUUAGGGACCAUCUUGGAGAAGAACAGCCUGUUGCAGAGGAGGCUGGACAACCUGGAAAGCCUCUUGAAGAACCGAAACUUCUGGAUCCUGCGAUUUCCUCCAGGAUUUAAAGGAGACAUCCCUAAGGUGCCGGUGACCUUCAGUGAUGUUUCAGUCUGUUUCAAUGAACAGGAAUGGAGGAACCUAGAAGAGUGGCAGAGAGAGCUUUAUAAAACUGUCAUGAGAAGCAACUUGGACAUGCUGGUCUCGCUGGAUUAUGCCAUUUCCGAGCCUCACGUCCUAUCCCAGAUGGAGCAAGGGGAGAAAAUGUGCACAGAGGAUUCAGAAGUCUUGGAGGAAAGGGAAAUGCCUAAGAAUCCCAGCUGUGAGGGUUCCCCAGUUGAUGUGGCAGAUGCUUCUUCUGGAGAUGGGGAAGCCGAGGAAGAAACUAAUCUGUUUGUUGAUGUGGCAGAUGCUUCUUCCGGGGAUGGGGAAGCCGAGGAAGAAACUAAUCUGUUUGUUGAUGUGGCAGAUGCUUCUUCCGGGGAUGGGGAAGCCGAGGAAGAGACUAAUCUGUUUGUUGAUGUGGCAGAUGCUUCUUCUGGGAAUGGAGAAGCUGAGGAAGAAGCUAAUCUGUUUGUUGAUCAGGAGAAUUGCUAUGAAAUGAGCUUCAUUGAUAGCUCUGGCCUUGAAUAUCAGAUUGUUCGUCAUGAUAUUAAGGAAGAAAAAGAAGAACUGCAUAUUAAAGAAGAACCAUGGUCUCCUGGAAGCCCCAGCAGUGAUGAAUAUCCACCUGUUCAAGUCACCAUUAAGCAAGAAGAGGAGUUAUGCACUGAGGAUCAGGAGGGUUUGGUUUCACUUGCUGAACACACGGCGCUACUCCAGUCUGUAGAAGAGGGACAGAAGACUCCAUCAUCCUUGAUGGCCUGUAGGAAUGCUCUUCUGCAUGAUGCCACAGAUGACUCUGAGCAGAAAGAAGCAUAUGCAAAAGGGUGCCUUGUCCAGUGUGACAGAUGCAGUAAGAGCUUCGUGCACCAGGAGACCUUGACUGAUCACCAGUAUAGCCGCAAGCGAAAAUUCCAGUGCACAGAAUGCAACAGGAGCUUUGCUUUCCAGGGACAGCUGUCUCAGCACUUGCUGAUACACGCACCUGGGACACAGUUCCAUUGUACCGAAUGUAAUUUGUGUUUUUCAAGCCAAAAGGCUCUUAGUGUGCACGAGCGUGUUCAUGCGGUGGAUUGGCCACUGCACUGUUCUGCAUGCAACAGAACAUUUAUGGACACAGCAGCAUUUGACCAGCACCAGCUAUCUCAUGCGCCAGGCCAGGUUUGCCGGUGUGUGGAGUGCAGUGUUUACUUUACUGAUCCAGCAGCUUUGGCAGAACACAAGCGAAUGCACUCAGAAGACUGGCCUUUCCGGUGUGCUCAGUGUGACCGAACUUUUGUGCACCAGGGCUUGCUGUUGGAACACCUUCAGAAUCACAGCAGGACAAGGAGUCGCCGCUGCCAUAUCUGUGGCUCAUGGCUUUCCUACAAGGGAGUGCUGAAGCAUACUGGGGCUCAGUUGUAUCACUGCAAGAAGUGCAAUACUUCUUGCCAGGUUCAGGGGUCUGACUCGGUGACUAUGAGCUAUAAAAAGACAAAUAAGCCAGGCAAAGCUAGUUCUUAGCCCUCCUUAGGAUGUAUCCCCAGUAUGAAAAGAUCAGAUACAAAGAUUAUUUUUGUGGAUUCCUGUUCUUUAAGAUGAAACAGGGCAGUUAAGAAAAGUAUGAAGAAAUGCACUUGGAAUAUAUGGUGAUAGCAUGAAAGUCCCCUUAGCAAUGAACAUUCUCCAUGAUUAGGCAACUCUGGAUUGGUCCAGAAAGGAUUUUGCUGUGGAAUAAAAUAAACCCCUGCUCCUAUUAGCAGUGGAAUAUAGAGGAUGCCUCUUUAACCUACCUGCAGUCUCCUCCCUUCCCCCAGCGUGCCCAAAUUUGAUUUUUCUUGUGAUCAGGUUGGCAGUUUCCUUCCGUUGACCAUUGAAUUAGUGUUGGAAAUUGCUACCUCUUGCAUUGUGUAAUGGCUGCUUUGCUGUCUGUACAAUAGGUUUGCUGCUGCUUAGGCAUGCAAUAAGAGAGGAGCUUGUGGCAAUUGGACUGCUACUAUUGCCAUCAAACCCAGUUAUCCAACUCACCUUUUUGUUUUCACUCCAUAGAGGAUCCAUAUCUGUUGCCUGUUGGGACUUUCUCAUGAUAGCUUACCAUAGUCACAUUAGAAGGAAUAUUCUGAAAAGUUUCAUAAUGGUCAGGUAGUAAAUGGUUGACCGAAAAACUUUCUUUUCUGGCUAAGACUUAGUUACAAGCUAAAUCUGGACAUAUAAUCCCUGAAACAUUUUCUGAUUUUGCUAUCAUACAUUUAUAAAUACUCAGUACUCUUCCUAUGCUAUAUUUCAGCUUUCCUUGGUCUGAGCUUUUCCAUGUGUGUAGACAACAGCAAAGUGGGCUGGAUGUAUGUGAUGUAAUCCAACAUAUCCUGAGGAUUUCAGGUUGGAGAAGGUGGCUUUAUUUUUUUACUUCUUGUCAGGAAGAAUAUGUUAGCGUUCCCACUUCUGGAGUUACUAUAUUUUUUGUUCCUGAAGCAGUCACUAAGAGGUUUCAGUUCAUCAUAUGCUAAAAGAUUAUCCUGUGUGCUUACUCCCUCAUGAUUUCCUUGGCUCAUUAAUUCUCCUAAAGGCUCUUCCUCAUUUAAGAAAUAUACCAAACUGUACUUUUUCCAGGGUGAUGGUGCGUUGGUUGAUUUUUCUGAAGAAACUGCUUUAUAGUAAGGCAGAAAUCAACUUGCCUCCAUCAAGUACUUCAUUGCUUUUGUGAGUGUUUUAAUAUUUGCUUCGUCAUUAAAUGGUUACUUCCUUCCAAAAUAA